ACUUGUUCUCCUCCGUUGCCAUCCCGCAAGCAAAAUCGACGAAGAAGACGAUUACCAGAGUUUUAGGAUAUGGUAGCACUCGAACCCGAACCACCGCAAGUUGAAGAGACCACCGUGUCUUCUUCGUAUGAUCCGGUAAUUAGUUCCGGUUUUAUACCGAAAGAAGAAUGGUAUGCCGCUGUACACUACAAUCCACCAUCUGGAUGGACUGACGAAUCUGAUGAUGAAGUUGACCCUGUUUUGGAGCAAGAGUACUAUAACCAAGUUUGGGACUCCGAUGGAUUUGAUGUUAAUAUACGUAUUUCUCCAAAUAUUUCAUUCCAUGUGUUCAACAACGAGGACUGUCGUGAUGACACGGUUGGCAUUUGUACUAGAGUGGGACUCCAUUGGUACAAUCUUCACAAGGGAUCAAACCUUCAGUUGGUGCACGUUGAUAAAUAUAUUUCUAGGUUCUGUGCGCUUAUGACUUACCAUAUAACUGCCCAAGCUAUUGAUCCUGCCAACGAUUCACGUUUCACUUUCCAGACAUGUGUUACAAGUUCUAAAUGUAAGAACGACGAAGAUCUGAGGAUAGUCGCUGAAGUUUGUAGAAUUAAACCCAAAAUUCAAGGUACUGGAGAUGAAAUAAAGCUAUGGGAUGACGAAGCAAUAGAUGAUUUAUACAAAGGCAAUCUAUCUGAGUGGGUUGCACUUGAUGCUUUGAUGUCAUCCAGUGAGCAUGAUCAGUUUUAUGAGAUGCAAGAAUCAGAUAUCCGAGAACACAACUGGCUUAAUCUGUACACUGAAGCUGCGUUUUACUCGCUGUGGCAAGGACAUGUGGCAAGUCUCGAGUCUUGUGUGCCUCUGCAAAUAAAGAAGGUCAUUGUACAGACUCGUGAAGCUGUGGAGUCAAAGGAAAAGCUCAAGGCUGGGAAUGCGACCUUCUACAUUUGUUUCAGAGGCUUGAAUCCUCCUCAUGGUUCACCUCAAGAUCACAGAGCCAUUGUAAGAAGAACCGUCGAUGGGAUUCCAGGACAUGUUUGUCUUGAGUUUAAAUGUUGGCUCGAGGAUAUGUGAGGCCGCUCUGUUAACUUACAAGUUUUGCAGCCUGAGAUUUGUUAGCUAUCUUUAAUUCUUGCUGUUUUAUUUUGUUUUAUGUUGCAAAUGUAAUAUACUACUGAAAAAUCGAUCCUAUCAAAAUUACCGUCUUGGUUUAAAGUUACUAAUGGGUGAAACGGUUAAACCCAAAAUUGUUUGAUCAAAAUAUUCAUAUCAAUUGAAUUACCCACUAAGAGAAAUUUUAUU